AGAACAACGCACAUUUCAACGAGAGCGGCGUUAAAGAAAGAAGUUGGAUUGGCUUAAGAAGAAGAACGCCGAAAAAAGAAAAUGCCGGGUGGACCGAAACUAAACAAAUCGGCUCAGACUAAAAGCAGAAGUAUUGAUCAACAAUUGGAAGAAGGAAGAGAAAAACAGCACGAUGAUUUGCAACUUCUAAUUUUAGGUGGCGCUGGAAGUGGCAAAAGCACCUUUAUUAAACAAUUACGAUUACGGCAUGGGGAUAAAUUCCCUGAAUCUGAAAGAAAAACGUGGACUAUUUACGUUUAUGAGAACCUGGUUGAAGCUCUCUACCCUAUACUGGAGCAGGUAACUGAAUGGGAGGACGGAAGUAACGCUAAAACGUACAGCCUAUUCGUUGAGAAAUUUCCCCGAUCCAACAUCGGACGGAAGGGCUCUUCUAGUCAAGAAGAAGAUCACUCAAAAAAAAAUGUCAACUAUUCGAAACUUUCAUCUUUAGCUGCAGAUGUUUUAAGCAUGUGGCGGGAUAAGAGCGUUCAAACCAUCUGGCAAGAGAAUAUAAAAAAGUUUGGUCUACGAAAAACUUUCGCGGAUCAUUUCUUAUCCAAACUGGAAAGAAUAUUAUCGACCAAUUACAUUCCGGAUAUUGAGGACAUACUAUUUAUACGGAAACCUACGGCAAGCGUUCAGGAGCACAUGUUCACAUCAGAAGGAAAUGUUUACAAAGUAAUCGACGUUGCUGGUCAGAGGUCGCAACGUCAUAAAUGGAUCAGCCUGUUUGAAGGCGUCACCGCAAUCGUUUUUAUAACUUCAUUGACGUCAUACAGCGAAGGAACCUAUGAAGAUAGUUCGUUAAAUUCCCUUCACGAUUCCCUUUCGGCUUUUGGCUCUGUAAUAACAAAUCAAUUCCUAAAGAAUACCAAUUUCAUUCUUCUACUCAAUAAGAAGGAUCUACUAGGAAAACGUCUAGCAGAUGUUCCAUUUUCAUCAAUAAUUGAGAAUUACAAAGGUAGGCGAGUAAGAAAAUAUGCAUGAAACCAAAGAGUAGCCUCUUUUGGACGUAUAUGCUAACCAACAUUUACUAAAUUUACCGAUGCCAUUCACGUAUUAGCAUUAAUUCGUUAGCGUAUUAAAUGACGAUAGCCUUUCUACUCCAUCAAAAUAGGUAGGAAUGAAGAAGCCGACGUAAUUGAAUACAUAAAGAAGGAGUUCGAAAAACGUAUCACAAGUGAGAAAAAGGUUAAAUUUCACGUGUGCAGCGCUAUCGAUACACCAGGAAUGAAGCCUUUAACAGAAGAAAUCAUUCAAUGCAUAAGAAAAAAAUGAAAACAGAAAUCACUAUCUAAAGCCUAAAACAUCAGUUUAAUUUUCAACUUUGCAUCAUCAUCAUCUGAUUGGCCAUGUCAUAAAUUAAAUUCUGCUACAAACAUGUAAAACCAUUAGCAUAUGUUGUUGGCCUACUCAGAUGGGGUUACUUGUCUAUUUAUCUAUGUUAUGUUGUAUUUAGAGAAAAGCAAGAAAAAACGCAUAGAAUAAUAUACUGUUAAUAUUCAUCACGUUUAUGCAUGUUUCACCUACGUUAAAAGUACCAAAUGCGAAUUAAAACUAUAUAAAUAUAUAUACUAAUACAUAUAUUAGUAUAUAUAUAUAUAUAUAUAUAUAUAUAUAUAUAUAUAUAUA